GUGAGUAGUAAAGUGCUCAGCAUAUGUUGGCGGGUGUGAAAGCUGCAGGAUGAUGGGACUUCAUUCCGGUCUCCUCCGUGAGACCGAGGACUGUUGACUGGCACUGGUCCCCGUGUACUGGUCCCCGGGCACUGGUCCCCGUGUACUGGUCCCAGUAAGGAUGUACGGGGACGGGGAGGGCACCGUGUGGGACCUGGUCGGGCGACCCCACCGGGACUGUAUGUGCUACCUUGGACCUCCGACUAACUUGAUGCCGAUCGGGAUGCGCAAGUCGCCCGAAGUGAGCCCCAGAAGGCUUUCGGACAUCAGCCCUCAGCUCAGACAGCUCAAGUACCUCGUGGUGGACGAGGCCAUCAAAGAGGACCUCAAGUCUUCCCGCUCAGUUGAGGACAUCAACAGCGCAUCCAUAGAGGAGCGAAUACUGCGGAUCACCGGCUACUACGGCUACCAACCUUGGAGUGCCAGCUACAAGAGGGAAGACCGGCCAAGGGAGCAUGCGGCCCACGGCGGCCAGGAUGUGCAGACGGCGGCAGGAGCGGCGGGACCAGAAUCGGGUUCCAGCAAGCGGAAGCUGCAGUGCUGCAUCCGAAUAACGGCGGUGCAGGUGCGGAAGGCCCUGUGGGGAGUCGCCAUGGUGAUGUGCGUCUGCUCGUCGUGGGCAGGCUCCACCCAGCUGGCCAAGUUGACCUUUACGCACUUUGACGGCCCCUUCACCCUGACUUGGUUCGCCACCACCUGGAACUGCCUCUUCUUCCCACUCUACUACGUCGGCCAUUUAUGCAAGAGUCCGGAGAGGCAAACGGCCAGACAGAGAUUAAGGGAGUGUUGUCGCUUUUUUGGGGACGACGGACUGAACCCCAAGGUGUUUUUCACCAAGGUGGCCCCAUUCGGCCUGCUGUGGAUCCUCACCAACUACUUGUACCUGCAGGCCCUCAGGAAGAUCAACACAACGGACGCGUCGGCGCUCUUCUGUUGUAACAAGGCCUUCGUCUUCCUCCUCUCUUGGAUUGUACUACGAGACCGCUUCAUGGGGGUCAGGAUAGUGGCUGCCAUCUUGGCCAUCGCAGGCAUCGUCAUGAUGACCUACGCUGAUGGCUUCCACAGCCACUCAGUCAUUGGCAUCACGCUGGUCGUUACCUCGGCUUCCAUGUCUGCGCUAUACAAGGUGCUCUUCAAGAUGGUCCUGGGAAGUGCCAAAUUUGGGGAGGCGGCGCUUUUCCUGACCAUCGUUGGCGGCGCCAACUUUGUCUUUAUGAGCAUUGUGCCAGUUAUCUUAUAUUUCACACGAGUGGAGUACGUCGACUCCAUCGGUGACAUCCCUUGGGCGUACCUGUGUGGGGUCGCAGGCCUGCUUUUUGCUUUCAAUAUCCUGGUCAACUUCGGCAUCGCUAUUACGUACCCGACAUUAAUCUCCCUUGGCAUCGUCUUAAGUGUUCCUGUCAAUGCCAUGGUGGACCUAUACACAUGUGAGAUCCAUUUCAACACGGUGCGCCUCAUCGCCGUCUCCAUCAUUUGCCUGGGCUUCCUCAUGCUGCUCCUUCCGGAGGACUGGGACCAGUGCAUCAUCCGGCUCAGCACCAGGCUACGUAAACGUGAUGAGCCAACAGAGGGCGGCGUGGAGGGGGGGGCGUCCACAGGGCUGAACUGGAGAGGCCGGGCAAGGACGUCCAUGUCCACAUUUGUACGCUGACUCAGCAACGAGGACCAUGAGAUCUUCGAUUCAGAUGCAGCCUCCUUGGAUGUGAACUCUAGUAUGAGACCAAGAACGGAGUGUCAGCUAUCAUUGAGUUGGUGCAUGGAUCACUUGGAACUCUUCUUUACCCAAAUUAUGAGCAGGUAUCAAAGUCAAGACAAAAUGUCCUUCCAUCGGUUCACCACAUCCUUAAGAACUUGCCUGAAGAAACACCAUGUAGACUCGUUUAAAACAAACCACUGAACAAUCCAAAGAAGAAAUUACAAAUGCUGAAUUUCUGCAACUAAACGGGAGCUCUUUAUGGGCAUCCCUACGGCGUAAAGAUGACAGAAACCUUCCUCCUGCACUCCUGUACAUAGCAGCUUGGAGUUCAUACCUGCCGACCGUCAGCGUGAGCUCACGAUGCUGCAUUCAAAGCCUUCGUAGGACCACUCUGAUUGGCAGCCUUGCGGUCACAUGCUCUCCUGGGGUUAAAUCGGGGGAGAACCGUAUCUCCGGUCUGCUAUUUUGUAAGGAGAGCCCUGGAAAAAAAUACAAUGCAUGAGCUUGGAUUGUCAUGAAAUGAGACUACGUUUAGAAGCGGUUUUAGUUUGGCGACCAUGGAUGGCCUGAAAUCAAUUAGCAUAUUCUUAAAGGCAAAUACACUGAGCCUCCCUCGUAACCCAUUCAUUUUAAGUAAAACAAUUUUAAUUUUUUUUUGCAAAAACACACAGUUGAAAGAAACUGAAACUUCACCUGAAAAAAAAAUAUACAAUACAGAGUUGUAUAGAAACAGGCUCAGUUUUGAUUGGCAUUGUAUUCAAUUAGAAAUAUUUAGAUUAUUAGCUUUGUGUUUUGCAGUGAUGCACCAUUCAACUGGAUCACACGGAGAGCGUUUAUUCAUAGUUUGGUUAAACACUGCUCCGUGUGAUGGAGUGCAAUAGUACAAAAUGACCCGAUGAAAGCAUUUCAUAUACUGUAGUGAUUGCGGUGUUAAUUACUCAACUGCAGCGAGUGCCAGGUGCACAGCACUUAUUAAAUCGGAGGCUGCCGUUCGAGAAAAUGUACUUGUAUUGUCAUUCCAUCCUGCAGUGAAGAAUAGAACCUAACGACAUUCACACGGAACGAGAUACAGGAUAUACCCGAGCCUUGAACGGAGAGCCACUGGUGGAAACUUUGCCUUGUUGUGAAUGUAUGACCAUCACUACGUGCAAUCUGCUUUUUACUGUGCCACUCCGAUUUUUUUGAGCAGGUUUGACACACGGUAGCGUACCUUUCAUAUGCUUAGCAUCAGCCUGCUGGUGAGCCAAAAGGGAGAAGCGGAUGAUGACGACACAUACAGCAGACAAGUACACUGCACUGUUUUCCAUUGUCAUUCUCGAUGACAAUAAACAGUAGUUAUAUUGUAUUCCUCUGGAAUUAUCGCUACACAUAAAUGUAAACCUUUGUAAGGAAUGAUGAUUUUAUACACUGAGAUGCAACAUAUGAUUAGAAGAAUUGAAGAAAAGGGGGUAUGUGUGUAAUAAAUGGUGGGGUGUUGUAAAGUAUAU